CUCGCCGAUUUCAGUGCUCGGUCGCUGCCGGGGGGGAGGGAGCGCGUGGUGCCGCCACCUCGCAGGGACUCGCUGCUGCGCUCGCUUUUUAUCGCUUCUGCCGUCGCCCUGCGCAGGUCCCUUCCCCAAAGCAGGACCCGUUUCCUCCUCACACGGCAACGCUGGAGCUUCCCUCAAGAGCGUGCCUGUCUGCCUGUCCUCUUCAAUUGACCUCUGUGGGCUUGGCUGCCGCUUGACCCGACCCCCUGAAGCGGGUUCCCUCCGUGGAGCUUCGGCUGUCGAUGUGCUCCCAGCGCCUCCUGGGAACCAGAGCUGCAGGCUUCAACAGUCGCUGUUGCUGAAAGCUUUUUUUAAGUCCGCUUCUCUCUCCUCCCUCCCACAAGCCCGGGGGAAGAAGCAAGCUCCACGUCGGUGCCCGCAGUUUUUCCGGCGUCUUGUACGGAGCAAAGCGCUCGCUAGCCACCAGGAAAAGGGGACUGGUCGGCCGCCUUCCCCUCUGUUUCUCUGUGGGGCGGAAGAGUGGAUGGAGAAGAAAACGGGAAUGCUCCUGAGCCACAUUUGCUGCCUGUUUUAUCAGCUGUGUUUCCUGUCAAAUGGGAUCACUUCAGGUUUGCAACCUCUGGGGGACACUGAGGAGUGGGAGAUUGUCUACCCAGCACUGUGGAGCAGGGGCCAGCAGGAACCCGUCGGGGGAAGUGGUGCAGGAGGCAGCUGCAGUCCUGAUGGAAACUGUGGUAACAGUGUUGGCAAUAUUAGUACGGCUUCUGCAUCUGCUCAGGUGGUUGGCAGCUCCCGUGAGGUCCGCUCAGUUUCUUCAUCAUCUGAUGGGCAGCUCCAGCCAGCCGAGGAGGCUUCAGAGGAUGAGGGCUCAGAGGAUGAAUAUGAAUCUCAGGAGUUCUAUCACUGGUUUCCUCUUCCUCAGGGAUAUAAUGCUACUUUUCAGCUACCACCUUCCCCACCUCAAUCGCCUCCUUUAGAGAAUGCGGAUGAGGUGUUGUUGAAGAUACCAGCUUUUGCUCAAGAACUCUAUUUGCUGCUCAAGAGGGACAGCCGCUUCCUGGCACCUGGCUUUGCAGUGGAAGAACGACUAAGAAAUGAGAGGAGGAGUAUCUCGAGCUCUGCUCAGACAGAAAGAUCCUGUUACUACAGUGGGUCUGUUCUGUAUUACCCUGGUUCCUUUGCUUCCUUCAGCACUUGUGGUGGAUUGAUGGGCUUUUUGCAGAUAAAUGAGGACUUCAUAUUUAUUGAACCACUCAAUCACACUUUAGCUGUGACGGGUCAUGCACACCGUGUAUACAGACGUAAAAGGUCCACGCAUGAAAGAGCCAUUGAAAAGACAACUUCUCACAGUCAGUACUGUGCAGUUCUUACUGAGAAAAGAAAAUCCAGGGGUCAAAAAGGAGCAGAAGGUGGACGAGGAAAAAGAUAUUCCUAUAAAUUACCUCAAGAAUUUAAUGUGGAGACUGUAGUAAUUGCGGAUCCAGCUAUGGUUUCUUAUCAUGGAGCAGAUGCAGCUAGAAGAUUUAUUCUGACAAUUCUUAAUAUGGUGUUUAAUCUUUUCCAACACAAGAGCCUUGGAGUUCAAGUGAACCUUCGAGUGACUAAGCUUGUUCUACUUCAUGAGACUCCAACAGACAUGUAUAUUGGACAUCAUGGUGAAAAAAUGCUGGAGAGUUUUUGCAAAUGGCAACAUGAAGAAUUUGGUAAGAAAAAUGACAUUCAUUUAGAGAUGUCCACAAGCUGGGGUGAAGAUCUGUCACCAGUUGAUGCAGCUGUAUUAAUCACCAGGAAGGAUUUCUGUGUACAUAAAGAUGAACCAUGUGAUACUGUUGGCAUAGCAUAUUUGAAUGGGAUGUGCAGUGAGAAAAGAAAGUGUAUCAUUGCAGAGGACAAUGGAUUGAAUCUUGCAUUUACCAUUGCCCACGAGAUGGGUCACAACAUGGGAAUAAAUCAUGACAAUGACCACCCAUCUUGUGCAGAUGGUCUCCAUAUCAUGUCUGGAGAAUGGAUUAAAGGGCAGAAUCUUGGAGAUGUUUCAUGGUCUCGAUGCAGCAGAGAAGAUCUGGAAAGAUUUCUCAGAUCAAAGGCCAGUAGCUGCUUGUUGCAGACAAAUCCUCAGAGCCUCAACUCAGUGAUUAUUCCUUCAAAAUUGCCAGGGAUGACAUAUACUGCAGAUGAACAGUGUCAGAUUCUCUUUGGACCAAGUGCCUUCUUUUGCCAAGAAAUGCAGCAUGUUAUUUGCACUGGAUUAUGGUGUAAAGUGGAAGGGGAGAAGGAAUGUAAAACAAAGCUGGAUCCACCAAUGGAUGGAACUGAUUGUGACAUUGGAAAGUGGUGUAAGUCUGGAGAAUGUACCAGUAAGAUUCCUUUUGCUGGACAUACAGAAGGGGAAUGGAGUACAUGGAGUGCUUGUAGCAGAACUUGCAACACUGGAAUCAGCAGUCGACAGCGUAGAUGCUCUGGUCCAGUUCAUGAAGGGAGAGAAUGUCACAAUUCCAGAAUACAAUAUAAAAUAUGUGAGAAUCCUUCUUGUCCUCCUGGAGUACCUGCUUUCAGGGACUGGCAGUGUCAGGUCUUCAGUGUCAGGCCAUCAUAUCAGAAACAUGUACACCAGUGGCAGGCUGUUAUAGAUGAAGAAAAGCCUUGUGCAUUAUUUUGCUCUCCCAAUGGAAAAGAUCAGCCUAUUCUGGUAACAGAGAAAGUGAUGGAUGGAACUUCAUGUGGCCCUCAGGACCUAAAUAUAUGUGCAAAUGGCAGAUGCCAGAAGUUUGGAUGUGAUGGUAUAUUAGGAUCUUUAGCUUGGGAAGAUCACUGUGGUGUUUGCAAUGGAGAUGGGAAAUCAUGCAGAGUUGUUAAAGGAGAUUUUAAUCACACUCGAGGAACAGGUUAUGUGGAAGCCUUGGUGAUACCUGCUGGAGCAAGAAGAAUCAAAGUUGUGGAAGAAAAACCAGCUCAUAGCUACUUGGCUCUUCGAGAUGCCAGCAAACAGUCUAUUAAUAGUGACUGGAAGAUAGAACAUUCUGGAGCAUUCAACAUUGCUGGUACCACUGUCCAUUAUGUUAGGAGAGGUCUGUGGGAGAAAAUCUCUGCCAAAGGUCCCACCACAUCACCAUUACACUUAUUGGUCCUGCUUUUUCAAGAUCAGAAUUAUGGUCUACACUAUGAAUACACUAUUCCCUUGGACCCCCUGCCUGAGAAUCAGAGCUCAAAAGUGUCUGAGCCACUUUUUAUGUGGACUCACUCAAGCUGGGAGGAUUGUGAUGCUGUCUGUGGAGGAGGAAAAAGAAAGACAACAGUAUCCUGCACAAAGAUUAUGAAUAAGAAUAUCAGUUUUGUGGACAACAAGAAAUGCAAAUAUUUAACAAAACCUGAACCACAAAUCCGAAAGUGCAAUGAACAGCCGUGCCAGACAAGAUGGAUGAUGACAGACUGGACUCCCUGCUCAAGAACAUGUGGGAAAGGAACUCAGAACAGACAGGUAGCCUGUACUCAGCAGCUCAGAAAUGGAACUCUAAUCAGAGCACGUGAGAGAGACUGUCUUGGACCAAAACCUACUUCCUCCCAGCGCUGUGAAGGCCAGGAUUGCAUGACGGUGUGGGAAGCUGGAGUGUGGUCUGAGUGCUCUGUAAAAUGUGGCAAAGGAAUACGACAUCGAACUGUGAGGUGUACCAAUCCUCGGAAGAAGUGCAUUUUGUCUACAAGACCUAAAGAAGCAGAAGACUGUGAAGACUACUCUAAAUGUUAUAUCUGGAGAAUGGGAGACUGGUCUAAGUGUUCCAUCACCUGUGGCAAAGGAAUGCAGUCACGAGUAAUCCAGUGCAUGCACAAGAUCACAGGAAGACACGGCAACGAGUGUUUUUCAUCUGAAAAGCCUGCAGCUUACAGGCCCUGCCACCUGCAGCCCUGCAAUGAAAAAAUUAAUGUGAACACAAUUACUUCUCCUCGAUUAGCUGCUUUAACAUUCAAGUGUCUUGGAGACCAAUGGCCUGUAUAUUGCAGAGUAAUACGAGAGAAGAACCUUUGCCAGGACAUGAGGUGGUAUCAACGUUGCUGUGAGACUUGCAGGGACUUCUAUGCGCAAAAAAUGCAACAAAAGAGUUGACCACUGGCAGGCAGGCUGGCUAGCUCUCAGCUUAUCGCAGUCACAUUAUUUAUAAACACACACACAAGCACGGUUCUUCAGACCAGAUAUUAUCAGAUUACAUAUAAUUUAAUCAAAUUAAUUUAUUUUGCUUGCCAAGACAUUCUUUAUUUUGGUUAAAUAGCUUGUUUUAUCAUCAGAGUCUCCAUAAUUAACUGUAUAUGAAUUAUUUUGGAUACAAUUAUCAGAUUUUUUUAAAAAUACUAUUUUAAAUGUUUAUAUUCAGUAGGGUAAUAUGCCCCUCCACCACUCGCCCCAAAAGAGAAAUAGUCAGUACAGUACUGUGUAUAGUAAGAUGUGCUGAUCCUGAUCACUUGAAACCUAUGGGACGAGUACGCUAAACUGUCUGUUGCCUUGUGCCAAAUAAUAAGCCAUCAUGUUACCCUGAUUUUUUAAAAAAAAUUAAGUGAAUAAUUUUGCUGUAUGUGGAAAUGGUCCACUAUAUUUUAUUAUAAUUUUUGGUGCACAGUGGCUGAUUGACUUCAGAUAUUUUUGCAACAGGUUUUGGGGUGAGUUAAAGCAAACAACACGGAACAGAAAGUAUUGGGAAAUAAAUUUUUGUUUUACUAAGGACCUCCUCUGACAUUCAGAAUUUCACCAUGCAAUGUGCUUCAGUUGUUCCCUGGAAUGUGUUUGUAGGCAAAUGUCAAAAGUGAUCCAGAACAUCUAUGGAUAGACACAGCUACCCAACAUGCAUUUUCAACACAUGGAUAGACACAGCUACCCAACAUCACAAUAAUGGGAGUAGCUUCUGGGAAGCUUUGAUCAUUGUCCAUGGUUGUUAUAGAUCAGACGUCCCCAGUAUAGUGCCUAUGGGCACUAUGGCACCCGCCAACACCUUUUCUGGUGCCCAUCUAAUAUUUUUAGAAAGUGAGAGGGGUCAGGUGGGGCUUUUGCCCAGCAGGGCUUCUGAUUGGCUAUUGGAGAAAUGAUUGGCUGUGCAGAUUUGUUGUUGUUGUUGCUUUGGCAGCAGCUGCCAUCACAUCAAAAGGAUCUUUACUGUAUGACUGAAGAUAAGCUGUGUAUAUACAAGAAAAUAUUUUUUAACAAUAUGUUGUUUUUAAAAGGCCAUCUUCUUGUUAAAUAGAGUUUUUUCCUGAAAUAUUGAAGAGUUACUAUUAGAGUAAUGAGUGACUUCACUCCCUGACAUUUGUGAUUGGCUCCAUUUCUUGUGGCAGCCAUUUUGAAGUUGUGCCCACCACGCUGUAUCAGAAUUCAAAAGGUGCUCACACCAGCUCAAAAGCGUUGAGGAUCUUGGUGUAGAUACUAUACAUUUUCUAUAUAGAUGUGCCUGGGUACUGCUAGGACAUCUAUAGCUAUGCCCUUAGAAACAUACUGUAGGAAAGGAUCUACUGUAAUUUAUAAACUUUAUGAACAACAGACAAAAUAACAAGUAGAAAUUCUAGUCAUGUGCAUGAACACAUACUUGAACACAAGUACUGAAUCAAUUAAACACUGUAAGGAUUUACACUGAAUCUCUGUUGCACUGUUUAAUGUAGUGUAGAGAAACACCAUUCUGGAGCUCAUAACAACUGAUGAAAGGAGUCUGUACUGUUUUAAUAUGUCAUUUGCUUUUAAAUGUUUUAAACAAGAAAUCCAUACCUAUCUCUCAGUGCUUGUGCGUGUCAGAGUUUUGCAAAUGGGAAGCCUAACAAUAUGAAUUGGACUAAAUUUUCAGGUUAAAAAUACUUUUAGAAGUUAAUUUUGUCAUGAAGUUCUAUUUUUUUAAGAUCUCUAUAAAGAUACUGUUUUACAGUUUUGUGAAACGUGAACAAGACAACUAACAUUUUCCUUAUGAGAAAAUAUUGUACAUGAGUCACAUGAUUUUAUAACUUCAAUAAAAUAUAUACAAUUGUCUUCA